UGAGAAUGAGGUGAAGACAGGGACCGCAACGGGUUUCUUAGUGCUUCCCUGAAUAGUGAGUGGAGAGCACAGAGAUGGAGUCUGGCGUGGAGGAGAUUCCAGUUAAAGUUGCAGUACGGAUUAGGCCUCUGCUUUCUAAGGAAGUUCUUCAUAAUCAUCAAGUGUGUGUGAGAUUCGUCCCAAACACACAGCAAAUUAUCAUCGGAAAAGAUCGUGUCUUCACUUUUGAUUUUGUGUUUGGCAAAAAUUCAACCCAAGCAGAAGUAUAUACCACUUGUAUUAAGCCUCUCGUAAUGUCUUUGACUGAGGGAUAUAAUGCUACAGUCUUUGCCUAUGGACAGACAGGUUCUGGGAAGACCUAUACCAUUGGAGGAGGUCACAUUGCAUCAGUUGCAGAAGAUGAAAAAGGCAUUAUCCCACGGGCUAUUCAGGAGUUAUUUCAGCAUAUCUCUGAAAACCAUAACAUUGAUUUCAGUGUGAAAGUAUCAUAUAUAGAAGUUUACAAGGAGGAACUUAGAGAUUUAUUGGAGUUGGAGACCUCUGUGAAAGAUUUACAUAUCCGAGAAGAUGAAAAGGGAAAUACAGUGAUUGUUGGUGCCAAGGAAUACCAUGUCGAAUGUGCAGAUGAAGUGAUUAGCCUGUUGGAAGGUGGCAACGCAGCUCGUCACACAGGCACAACGCAAAUGAACGAGCACUCCAGUCGAUCUCAUGCCAUUUUUACCAUCAGCAUUUGUCAGAAACAAUCUGCAGAGUCUCAAGAAAAUACUGAUGCUGCACAAGAUUCAUCUUGGAAAUCAGUCCAGAUGAUUGCUUCAAAGUUCCAUUUUGUGGAUUUGGCAGGCUCAGAGAGGGUAACAAAGACUGGAAAUACUGGUGAACGGUUCAAAGAAUCCAUUCAGAUCAAUAGUGGUUUAUUAGCCUUAGGAAACGUAAUCAGUGCCCUUGGAGACCCAAAGAGGAAAAGUGUACAUAUUCCAUACAGGGAUGCUAAAAUCACUCGUAUUCUAAAAGACUCCCUAGGAGGGAAUGCCAAGACUGUCAUGAUAACAUGUAUAAGUCCAUCCUCAUCAGAUUUUGAUGAAUCUUUGAAUUCCCUCAAAUAUGCCAACAGAGCCAAAAAUAUUAGAAAUAAACCGGUUGUAAACUACAACCCUGAUCAAGACCGGAUUGAUGAAAUGGAACUUGAAAUCAAAUUGCUUCGAGAAGCUUUGCAGAAUCAGCAAGUUAGUAAUCAUGCUAAUCAGGGUUCACAAGACUUGAAUCAAGAAAAGACUCGAAUCAAUUCACUUGAAGAGCAGGUCACUCAGCUUCAGGUUGAGUGCUUCCGUUACAGAAAUUGCCUAGAUGAAGUCUUCCCGUUCCUCGUUGAUUUGAAGGAUGAUACUAGCUUAAGAACAAGUCAGCAGGACAGGUUGCAGGGCUGGAUCACCAUGGUACAGGAAGUAAGGAAAGAAGCGCUCGCCAUGCAGCAGGUCGGUACAGGGACUGGAACCAACCAAGAAGAGCCCCAUCAUACUACAAUUCUUCAGCUAAAGAGGGAACUAAAAAAAUGCCAGCAGGCUCUAGUUACGGAUGAAGAAGUAUUUAGCCAGAAGGAUCAUGAGCUUAAAGUACUACAGAGUCAAAUGAAGACGUUAAUGCAGGAAAACAAAGAACAACUGGAAUCUUUAAAGGAAGCUCAAGAAACAAACAGAUUACAGAAAGAGAAAAUGGUGGAACAGCAAAUCCUAACUGAUCAGCUAAAAGAAAAAUUAGAGAAGUUUACAGUUAUGAAAACUUCAGGCUUCUCUGCUGCCUGUGGAGAUGGGCCAGCUGGUGCAGCGCCUGCAAGGAGGCCGUACAGCGUCCCACUCACAAAGAGCCUACUACACACCCUUCAUCCACCUUCAGGGACAGAGACCCGAAAGGUCUAUACCAGCCCCCCUGCCUGUUCCCUGGCCCGGGUGAUGGCAGGAUUCCGUGCUCGCAGCCAGAUGAUGCUGAGCUAUAUAGAAGAUCAGGAUGAAGUCCUUCAUUAUCAUCUUUCUGAUCAUAGCGAUGAAGAGGAUGGAAAUGCAGACAGCAAAAAGAAAACGUCAUUUAAGCAUUCUAUAAACCGCACAUGGACACGAAAACAGGCUUCUCUCUGCUUUCCGCUUGACCUAAGUGACAUGAAGCGUCAAGUAGACAAGUCUAGCCUUCACAACAAAUCUGCAGUACUGACUGACACGAUCACAGGUGAAGAGAUUGACAGCCUCCAGAAGAGUCAUGUGUUCAACAUGCGGAAGUUAAAAAAUUCAGAACUGAGACUCACUGAGGCCAAGCAAAAAAUGAGAGAGCUUGCACUUAACAUCAAAAUGAAGGAAGAACUUAUUAGGGAAUUAGUAAAAACAGGUAAGGAUGCUCAGUCUGUAAGCAGGCAAUAUUCUUUGAAAAUAACUAAACUGGAGCAAGAAUCUGAGCAGGCAAAAAUGGAACUGGCUGAAACACAAAAGCAGCUUCAGGAGCUGGAGUGUAAGGAGCUGGAGAGUAAGGAGCUGAGAGACAUUGCUGAGAGCACCACGUUACAGAAAGCAUUUUAGAAGAAGAUGGAUGCAGCUAAGUUGAAAGUGCAGGACCUCCAGCUAAAGAUGGAGCAACAACAGAAGAUUCUUAAACUUAAAGAUGAAGAGAUUGCUGCAUUUAAAAAGAAGAAAAAUAACUCAGCAGGAGCUUUACAGAAGCUACAGAAAUUAGAAGAACAAAAGAAAUGGCUGGAUGGAGAAAUGGAAAGAAUUCUUCAACAGCACCAACAAUUAGCAGAACUAGAAGAAGAUUUAAAAAAAAGAGAAGCCAUUGUAACCAAGAAAGAAGCAUUACUGCAGGAGAAAAGCCACCUUGAAAUCAAGAAACUAAGAUCUAGCCAGGCUUUGAACAAAGAUAGUGUAAAGUUAUCUACUCGCUUAAGUAUGCUGGAUCAGGAACUGAGUGAUAAAGGUAUGCAGCUUCAGGACAGCACCACUGAAGAUAAGAAAGACAUUUUGGAAAAAAUUCAGGUUCUGCAGAAGGAAAGAGAUGAGCUGCUCACAAGAAGAAACAGUGUGGAUGAGAAACUGAAAGAUGGUAAAGUUUUGUCAGCUGAGGAAGAGCAUGUCCUUUUCCAGCUGGAAGAAGGAAUUGAAGCCUUGGAGGCUGCCAUUGAUUACAAGAAUGAAAGUAUUCAGAGUCGCCAGCACUUACUUAGAUCAUCUUCUCAGAUUCUCUCACAGAGUGAGGAUAAUGUGAUAGGAAAGCUAGUUUCCCUAUCUGCUGCUGAGCUCAGAGCUAUCCUCUUCAAAUAUUUCAACAAGAUUGUUGGUCUACGUGAGUCUGAACGUAAAUUACAACUGCAGACUGAAGAACAGGAAAUGAAGGUCAUAGACCAGGAAAACGCAAUACGUGAAUUGGAAUCGGCGCUUGAACGCAUCAAGCUACAGUGUGACAGACAGCUGACCGUACAACACAAAGAACAUGAGCAAAAAAUACAGUUAAUACUGCAUCAUUUCAAAGAACAUGAUGGUGAAGGUAUUGCAGAAACCUUGAAAGCGUAUGAAGUAAAAGUCCAGCAACUGGAGAAAGACUUAUUUUUCUAUAAGAAAACCAGCAGAGAACUGAAGAAGAAAUUGAAGGAACUUGUUGAAGAUUCGUCCCAUCAAUUAUUGACACCCACUAAAUAUCACGGGGUUGGUAACAGGGCACGCAGUCAAGGUGAAUCAGAAGUUGCUUCUGAAGACUUCAAGUGGACACCUAACCCUGAAACCAAAAGUCGACCGGGGAAAAUUAAAGAAACAGACGGAACAAAUGCCUUAAGAGCAUGGCUGAAUUCGUGCAAGUUUAGAGAAGACGUUUCAGAAGUUGGAUGUAGCAAAACAUGUUUGUCAAGCGGUGGUGAUGACAAAAUAGGAACAGAUGAAACACAGGCUUCAAAACCUCAUCCUCAGCUACUUUCAGUCACCCAGAGGAGAGAGACCAUAACACAGUUUCAAGGAGCAACUCCAGUAAAACUAUCUCGCCGAGAGCUACGUCAUAUCCCUCCCUCUGAAUUAUCUUUGAGGCGCUCAAGCCUUGGAGUUGGUGUCAGUUUCAUUGCUCCAGACUCCAUUGAGAUGGACAAAAAGUCUAGUGUCCCUAAGAUAUAGUUACUCUUCGUUGCAUUGUUAAUAGCACUUGCUACUCAAGUAAUUGUAUUAGAUGUCUUUGUUCAUGCUCCUGUUAACUAGCAGUCAUGGAUAAAUGAGUAAGUGUUCUUUAGUUAUUAGACACACUAUAAAGUCAUUAGGUGUUUGCUGUGCUCCCACAGCUUCUGGGAAUCUGAGAUGCAUUUUAAUUGGCACAGUUAUCUACAGGCAUAUCAUACAAAUGCCUUAACCUUAAGGAAAUUAUUUGUACUGGUUGGGGUUUUUUUGCAGCAAUUUCAAAAAAUAUACGCAUUUUUCAGAAACUGCACUGUAUGAUUUAAGGGUUUUUUUAAAACAACUUUGUUUCACUUUAUUGAGUCAGAAAUUAUAACUAUUUAAUUUAUUUGGAUCUAUAGCUAGAAAAUGUAGUUGCCAAACUGUCUCUUAGUAUUAGUAACGACCGACUUCUGUAUUCUUUGCUUUUUGUGUAUGUGUUUUUUUUAAUAAUACAUUUUAUACAAGACACACUUGAGAUCAAAAUUGGUAUCUAAAGCUAAACUUGUUCCUGAAAAGGAACAGAAAGUACUUUUUUUUUUUUUUUUAACAGUAUUUAAUUACUCUUAUUUAAGAGUCUUACUGUGUGCGCCAAAAGUCUUAAAAUUAUUUAAUAUUUUAUAAAAUAAACUUUGCAUGCAAAAUAAGUGUUAUGUCUUAUUGUGAAAUUGGGAGACAAUUACUUAUUUCACUUUUUAGUUUUGUUUACUGGAGUUUUUCUGAGGGUAAGAAUUGCACUUAGGCAACCCUGAAGCAUGAUAUUUAUGUCUGUACUAAUACAAUGGGAAAAUAUAGGACCAAACUCAGCACCUUUUAGGUAAGCCAGAUGGACCAAUGUAUUAUUCUUUUCUUUAUACUAAUUAUUCAUGUCUUUUCAUUUAGAAUAAAUGCAAAUUAUUCUCUUAGGUUGCCUAUCUGUUUCCGAGCGAAUACUACACAUAUCUCUUUGUUGUUGUGACAUUGUUGUUGCUAAUCCGUUCAAGAUGAAAAGCAAUCUUUUGGUAAGAGGACAGUGAUCACUGAGAAAAAUAAACUAAUUAGUAGCUUUACAGACUUGAAGACCGAGUCCGGAAUGUCCAAACUUAAAUGAAUUCAACACUUCUGUCUAUAAUGGCACAUUUGAAAGUAAGGUUAGUUUUGUUCUAGUGGUGGACUAAGCAGUCAUGUUUGAAAGUACUGUCUUAGAUUACUAGAUGUACUUAGCAAAGGACAUUUUCAUAUUGUGAACUAAAACCACUUUCUGAUAUUGUCUAGGCAAGGCCUUGUGUAUAGAGUGUGUGGCUGUAGAUUUAAAAGAACUGCAUUUUUUCCGUCUUGCAAGCACAGAGCAAAUUUGCGCACAUCCAGAAGUCUUGCUACAACAUGAUCAAAUGGCACAUUUUAAUAUUUUGAGUAGACUGCAAAAUAUUUUAUAAUCAGAUUGUUAAACCACUUCACCUGUCAAAUGAUUGUAUCUUUCACAACUAUACUUAAUUAUUCCCUGUUAUUCAGCUGAAGUGUGAGAUAAGGAUUUUAGGCCUUUUUGUUUGAAUAUUUUUCACUGUGAUGUAAGUAACAACUGGGAAUCCUACUAAUGUUAAGUUUAAUAUUACGGUAUUUAUUAUUCACUUAAUGUUUGUAGCUAGAAAGCA